CAACCCGUGAAACGCAUGCCUUUCACAUCACUCGUUCAUACACACACGCCUCGUUCGUGCCAAACAAACUCCCCAACACACGCUCACACGCGUGACAAUCCCUAAGCCCCCUUCCUCGCAUGCUCGCUCGCUCGCACGCUUCUCCUUCUCCAAUCCCUGUCCCGCCCGACCCGACCCGCCGACCCCCUCAGUCUUCCUCGUCGGAGCCCCGCCUUCUCCCCCCUAAACGACACCGUACUCCAGUUCCGGUCGCCGGAAAACUCGGGUACGAUUUCCCGGUGAAUCAGUUCUGGAAAUGGAAGAGAAGAUGGAUCGGUGAAAUGAAUGGUGGCGUGAGCUUUGACUGAGGACGAGAAGGUGGAAUUCGAGGGAAAAAUGGAGCCUUUCGGCCAAUGUGGAGUCGAUUUUGCGAGACGUCGGUGUUCCGAGCUGGUUUGAGAAGAAAAUUCUAAAUUAGCGUGGAACUCAGAAUCAGUAGGAUGAUUUCUGCAUUGUUUGGAACAAUUUAAUCCUUCCAGUGGUUGUGUGGGAAGUUAAGCAGUUAUGGCUUCUACAUUCAUGAUAGAAGGAUCAAGAAACUAGGAUAAUCAGGGGGUCAAAAGUGUAGGAUUAAGGAAAUAAGGAGAAUAUGGCUACGGAUAUACAGAAGUUAAUUGGAACAAGUGAAGAAGAUGAGGACGAAGAAAUGGAGAUGGACGUGAAAGAAGAGGGCGAUGACGAUGAUGAAGAAGAUGGUGAGAAGCAUGUUGAUGCCACCUCUAUGAUUGCGGGGGUUGAUGGAGGAAUGCCAACAAGAAGUAGUAAUAAUAACCGGUUUCAGCAGCACCAUCAAAUUCAAGAACAAGUGGGGACCCCAGGAGGGGGAGGAGUCAGGAGGUGUAGACCGAUAGAGGAGAAGGAGAGAACCAAGUUAAGAGAGCGGCAGCGCAGGGCGAUCACUGCAAGGAUCUUAGCAGGGUUACGGAGGCAUGGAAAUUAUAAUCUUAGAGUUAGGGCUGAUAUCAAUGAUGUAAUUGCGGCUUUGGCUAGGGAAGCUGGCUGGGUUGUUCUUCCAGAUGGAACAACGUUUCCUGCAAAAUCUCAGGGCCCAAGGCCUGCUGGUGUCAAUUCUGCGGCAGUAUCUUCCCAAAUGGUGUCCCCACAAACUCCUGCUUCCCUUAAAGGAGUUACUUCUGGCUAUCGGAGCUCUGGGGAACUUAAUGCUUGUAACAUGAAAGGUGUUUUUAUUCCUAGUUCAUCACCUUAUGAUCUCCCCUCAAGUGCUCGGUCUCAAAAUUCAUCCGUUGUGGGAGAUGGAGGAGGUCCAACAGAUAGUCAUCCUCUUAUUGGUGGUUCCAUGGAUAAUGUUGGUGACAAACAGAUUGUUGACAUACCCCUGAAGUUACCAGAACGUGAUUACUCCAACACCUCAUGCAUUCCUGUUUAUGUGAUGCUACCUCUAGGUGUCAUUAAUAUGAAGUGUGAGAUGGUUGAUCCAGAUGGUCUACUAAAGCAGCUAAGGAUAUUGAAAUCAGUUAACGUUGAUGGUGUUAUGGUUGAUUGCUGGUGGGGAAUAGUAGAAGGACAUGCUCCAGGGGAGUAUAACUGGAAUGGAUACAAGAGGCUCUUUCAGAUGGUGUGCGAGCUUAAGCUGAAGCUGCAGGUUGUGAUGUCAUUUCAUGAAUGUGGAGGCAAUGUUGGUGACGAUGUAUGUAUUCCACUGCCCCAUUGGGUGGCUGAAAUUGGUAGAAGCAACCCUGACAUAUUUUUCACUGAUAGAGAGGGAAGACGUAAUCCUGAAUGCCUUUCAUGGGGAAUUGACAAGGAGCGAGUUUUAAGAGGCCGAACAGCUGUCGAGGUGUACUUUGACUGCAUGAGAAGCUUCCGUGUAGAGUUUGACGAGUACUUUAAAAAUGGUAAUAUCUCCAUGAUUCAAGUUGGACUAGGUCCGUGUGGGGAAUUACGAUACCCAUCUUGUCCUGUAAAGCAUGGUUGGAGAUAUCCCGGCAUUGGUGAAUUUCAGUGUUAUGAUCUGUAUUUGCUGAAAAGUCUGAGGAAGGCAGCAGAAGCAAGGGGACACUCCUUCUGGGGUAGAGGUCCAGAUAAUGCAGGUUCUUAUAAUUCCCGGCCACAUGAAACCGGUUUCUUUUGCGAUGGGGGUGAUUAUGAUAGCUACUAUGGCAGGUUCUUCCUUAAUUGGUACUCUCGAGUUUUAGUUGAUCAUGGUGAUCGUGUGCUUUCGCUAGCAAAGUUAGCUUUCGAUGGCACCUGCAUUGCUGCAAAGCUAUCAGGUCUUCACUGGUGGUACAAGACAGCCAGUCAUGCAGCUGAAUUGACUGCAGGCUUCUAUAAUCCAUGCAAUCGAGAUGGUUAUGCUGCAAUUGUGACAAUGCUAAAGAAGCAUGAAGCUACUUUAAACUUAGCGUGCACUGAAUUGCACAUGCUAGACCAGCAUGAAGACUUCCAAGAGGCACUGGGAGAUUCUGAGGGUUUAUUCUGGCAAGUGCUGAAUGCUGCAUGGGAUGUUUGCGUACCAGUUUCUAGUGAGAAUGCUCUUCCUUGUCAUGAUCAUGUCAGCUACAAGAAAAUAUUGGAUAGUGCCAAACCCUUGACUGAUCCGGAUGGAAGGCAUUUGUCGUCUUUUACCUACCUUAGGCUCAGUCCACUUCUCAUGGAAAGACACAGCUUCAUGGAAUUUGAACGAUUUAUUAAGAGAAUGCACGGGGAAGCUGUUGGCCUCCAAGUAUAUAGCAACUAGAAUGAAGUCUCUCCGGAUGGUGUUUUAUUAAUUGCUGUUGAAGGAAGAGGUUUGUCCAGAUAGCGUAUUAUCUUCUUCUUUCUCAGAAAAAAAGGAACAUUUUAUCCCCAAAAAAUGUUGUGCCCAUUAUUCUAGAUGAGGUAUUAGUAUUAGUCAGUCACCUAUACUAGUUGAUAGGACAGUGGCUAACAACGAGAUUGAACCUUUUUUGUAGUCGAACACCGACCAUGAUUCAUAUGUAAAAGUGAUUUAAAUGUAAAA